CACCAUCUGCCCCUAGCUUCUUUGUGUUAGUCGCAAGGAGCGGAUUGGCCGAGCCUGUCUCUCAUCAUGCCUGCUACCCCCGAGCGCAGGAGCGACCGAGGGGCGUUGGCGCGUCGCAACCGCGAUUACCCCCAGGACCAGCAACUCUCCCCCUUUCGACGAGCUCGCCCUACUCGCCUCACGGAUAAUUUUGACGCGUCAUUCGUACCUAAUACCUACCAAGACUACAAUAGCCGACAGCAUCGGCGGAACUUCAGCCAAACUGGAUCGUUCCGUGCCGCUUUCGAUUACACUUCGCGUCUACACAAUAUGUCGGAUCACGAAGCCGCCACAUACACCCACGGCACGCCAAAUCGGAACAGAAGACAGAGUUUCAACUUCACUUCCCCCGAGUCUAACCCCCCGAAUGAGUUGGCGGAGGCAUAUCGGCAAAUCGAUGAUGCGGGGAGCCUGGCCGACCUUGACCCCGACGAUGAAGACUUCAACUUUUCGUUGCGUGACAGUCGCAGCAGACGCUCAUCGUCAGCAUCGCGACUGAGGGGAGACGAUCUGUUUGCGGCUGCUGAUGCGGAUUUUUUAAAUGAGAUUUCGGACGACGGCCUCCGCCGAAAACUAGUCGACCAUGUCGAAGAUGAAAAGCGGUUGAGACGGGCCACAUCCAGCCGGUCUCCUGUGCUGAGCAACGCAGGGACGCCAAACCCCCUCACAUCGGAGAACUUGCAACGGCGCGAGGAAGAGGAAGAGCAGCAAUAUAUGGAAGAAGAAGAAAACGAUGGAUUGAGACCCUCCUUAAAUCUCCCGUCGACCUGGGGAAGCCGGGCAGCUCAUCGCCGUGACUGGUUGAGAAAAAUGACGCGGCGCACAGAGCUUCCAGAAAACCCAGCGGUGAGGGCAAAGGAGACAUCUCCCCCUAAGCUCAAGUUUGACAGAGACUCGCACAUCAACCAUACGGAACCGAUCACUGUCGAAAGCACCACGCCGGCCGAACGUCCGUCAAAUAGAUACAACAGGAUCCCAUUGUCCGAUGCGCAGAACAAGCUCUCCGAACAGAAAGCGGACAAGCUGACUGAAGGUAAUCCGAUACCGAAUACGCCUAUUGUGGUCUACAAGAACUCAACAUUCACGAAGCGAAGCCCAACGAAGAGAGACUCGCAGGAUCUACUUCGGAAACUAUCGAGGACAGAGUCUCCAGGCCAACGGAACGAGCUUAAAACCCCGGAGGCCCAGAAAUAUCCCGAGAGACGCAUCUACGACAAGACGCCUGUGGUGACGGGGGCAUGGAUCGAUACACCGGUGACCGAACGGGUGGAACGGGUCAAUGAGCUCCCAGAGCAUCUCUCUCGGGAUAUAGUACCAUCACCUCCGAGGAAUGAAAGAUUCGAGUCGUCGCUAGUGCCUUCGCAUACCCGUCAAGCUUCACAAUCACACGAAUUCGAAGAAAGACGCUUAAGGGAAGAAAGAGAGAAAGAAAAGGAGCAGGAAGAGAAAAGACAGAAGGAGGAACAAGAUAGGGAACAGAGACAAAAGGAGGAGAAGCAAAGGGAAGAAAAAGAACGGUUGGAAAAGGAGAGAGAAAAGGAGAAGGAGCUGAAGAAUGCGGAAAGGCCGGAUCGGGAGAAACAAGAGAAUAAAGCUGAGCAGGGACAGCCGAGAAAAUCGAGUGGAUCGGCGAAGUCCAAGGAGAAAGCACCGCUGGUCAAGCCCGAUCUGCCAAAGAGCGCUCUCGAGACAGUGUUGAAGGAUUACAAGGACCACAAGGAGUCACUAGAUGUCGGUGACGAUACGAUUGAGUCACUUCAGGACAUCAUCGACGGGCAGCCUGGUGAGCUAAAGACCGAGGAUGAGGACGAUGCUGCAUACGAGAAGGAGAUUUUGAAGAAACUGGAACUUGCCAGUGCUGGGGAUAAAGAGACAGUGGAUCUGGAUCGGCUGAAUGACAAGCUAAAGUCGCUAGCGGACAACAUCCAAAAGGUCAAAACAGGGUUGGACGGCUUGGAGGUCCAAGUAUCGCGAGAUGCGGAUACGCUUGCCGCAAUCCCGUCUCCCCUGAAGGGCAAACGAAGCAAGCAGCACGUCUGCGAAAAUUGCAGCGGGGAAAGCGAUGGUCGUGUUUACGCGUUGGUAACCCUCCCACGGCUAUGGAGACGAAACCCUGUUUCCGGACGCAUACGUCUUACGCGUUUAGGAUGGUGCUCUCUCAUUCUGCUCCUGUGGUUCUACUCCGAAUCGACCAUGUGCGAUUUUUACUGCCACCCAUCCAUCUCAGACACCUGCCAGGGAAACUGCCUCCUCCCGGAUGCUCCCCGUUUCCCAUACGUGAUACCGACAAUGCUCUGGCGCUGGCUUCACUUGUCUUCGAUAUUCACACCUCUUUGGACUAUUGCUAUCGCCUUUUCUAGGCUCAUUGCACAGAUGCUUGGCUUUUGGGACGGGUAUGUGGAAGAAGAGCCUGUUCCGGUCAACCUGACCGGCGAGAUCCGCAUCCAUGGUCGUGCGAUCAAUUUCCCAACAGCGGAAGCUACUUCUCGAAGCUUCUUCUCCCCGCCGAAGUUGUGGCCUGAGAAGGGACAGCCGGUUGUUCCACAGGCAGUUCCUGAGUUGAAGGUGGAAGUCGAGGAUACGUCUGGCCGAGCAUCCUCGUGGGAUGACGAUGGGUCUAUGGACGAUGAUGAAUAUAUUUAGGAGUUCGGUUUGUUUUGGGACUGAUUAGGGCGUUUAGGAUAUUACUGGCGUUACUAUGGAUGGUGGUUGGGAUCUAUACCUAGGUGGAUAAUGGAGUAUUGAUUAUAAGAAC